AUGGCGCCCGCGUCCUCCUCCUGGGUCAUCCUGGGCCGCGUGCCACGGGUGACGGCGGCCGACGCAGACCUCCCUCCGGGCGCCGACCUUUCCCUCGCUCUGCCGGCGCCCCCGCGCGUUGCGACCCUCACCAUCCCCCCGCGCAUCUUCCCUGCCCGCACCACCUCCGACAACUUCCCGGCCGUCGUCGCCGUCGACCCCACCGGCCUCCUCCUCCUCCACGCCGACCAGGGCCGCGCCACGGGCCCCACCAUCGUCGACACAGCCGGCAACCAGUCGUUCGGCUGGCGCCCAUUCGUCGCGGGCUACUUCGUCCUUGACGCUACAACCGCCUCCGCCCUUCCGCUCCCAAAGCCCGAGCUCAUCCUGCACUCGGGCCACCUCGGCCUCAUCUCCUCCCCGCGGGGUGGCGGCCACUACAUGGUCGUUGAGCUCCAGCCCAUCCUCGGCGGUCAGGAGGGCACCCUCCUACGCUUCUCGUCCGACGUCGGAGAGUGGGUCAGCAAGGGCAUCCACAUCCCGCUUCCUUUCCGGCAGUUGGCCCCCAACGGUGCGGUCUCGUACUACGGGAGGCUCUGGUGGGUCGACCUCUCCUGGUGCCUCCUCACGUGCGACCCCUUCGAGGACGCGCCGGUGCUGAGGGUCGUCCCGCUACCGCCGGGCAAGGUGCUCAAGUGCAGGGAGGGUUGGGGAUUUCUCGACAAGUACCGCUGCGUGCGUGUCAGCGGCGGCAAGCUGCGGUUCCUGGACAUGUACCGGAACCGUAACAGCCAGGGCGCUGCACAGAUCAGCGUCUGGACGCUCGCCGAUCCGGAGUCCACGGAGUGGACGCUGGAGUACGAGGCCACCUUUGCGGAGAUCUGCAACGACGCGAGCUACAAGGCGACUGGUCUGCCAAAGAAGAUCCCGGUGCUUGGGCUCAUCCAUCCCAUCAACCCUGACGUGGUCUACUUCUUCCUCGACAAGCAUCUGCUCGGUAUCGACGUGCGCGCUCGCAAGGUUGUGGAGUGUGAGGUCUACGAGCUGGUUGCCCCGCCUAGCGAGCACUUGGCUACCCGCUUCGUUCACGCUUGGCAGCUGCCACGGGCUCUCAGCUGCUCAGGUAAUUCCAUCUUCCACCCACUGAUGGACAUUGUAGCGGAGCGACAAGUUGGUAUCAAGAGGGAGCUUGAAGCAUGGUUCAAGAGUAAUGAUGAGGCAAAAUCGGCCAUGAUGGAUUUCAACAAGUAUCCUUCUAUGGAGGAACCUUCUGAUCUUAAGGAGGAAAAGUUUUCCAGAGGCUUGUGA